AUGCUCUUAGGGGUCUUCCGUGCCGACCUCAACCAAGAGUGCAGCUUCGACGACGCCGUCGCCGGCUGCGACUACGUCUUCUUCAACGCCCCUCCGAUGAACCUCCACGCAGAGAACCCUGAGAAAGACGUGAUCGAGCCGUCCGUUCACAGAAUCCUGAACGUGAUGAGGUCGUACGUGAGAGCGGGAACAGUGAAGCGCGUGGUGCUGACAUCAUCGGCGCCCGCGGUGUCCGACUUGCCGUUGGAAGGCGACGGCCAUGUCCUGGACGAGGAAACCUGGGCCGACGUCGAGUUCCUCAAGUCGGGAAAGACCCGAACUUGGGGGUUCCCUGUCUCCAAGGUGCGUAUGGAGAAGGCAUGUUGCGCGUUCGCGCUGGAGAACGGCAUCAGCCUCGUCACUGUGUGCCCUGGUCUCAUGGUGGGCGCGGCACCGACGGCCAAGGUCAAUCCCAUCGUCCUCGACGCCCUCUCCCUGCUAUCCGGCGAUGAUGCGAGGGUCUACACCCUUAAAUUCAUCAUGAGGAUGUCUGGCUCCAUCCCGUUGGUCCAUGUCGACGACGUCUGUCGUGCUGAGAUAUUCGUGGCCGAGGAGGAGGAGGCCUCGGGGCGGUACAUCUGCUGCAACAUCAACACCACCGUCGUGGAACUUGCUUGCUUCUUGGCGGCCAAGUACCCAGAGUACAACGUCAAGACUAACCGGUUCUGCGGUCUUCUGGAGAAGCCGAGAGCCUGCGUUUCUUCGGUGAAGCUCCUCGGGCAAGGGUUCGAGUACAAGUACAAGAACUUGGGUGAGAUAUACGAGGACAUCAUCAAGUAUGGCAAGGACCUUACAUUCAUAUCAAGACAAACAUAA